GCUGUGCGAGCCAGCGGAAGAGGGCGGGAGGUGUCUUGGCCUCGCUCCAGAUCUGGCGGCACGGUACAUGGGCCAGGUGAUGUUGGCACUGGCCUACCUUCACGAGAACAAGAUCGUGUAUCGGGACGUCAAGCCAGAGAACAUACUCGUCAGCACAUUGAACGAGGCCAAGUUGACGGACUUCGGGCUCGCGAAGGUGGUGACAUCUGCAGAGAGGAUGACGAUGUGUGGAACGAUGGGCUUCCUCUCACCGGAGCUGACAGGGGUCGGUGCCGUCCUCUCGACAGCUUCGCUGAUGAGCUCCGAUGCAUCAGGCGUGGACAGUGAGGUCUUCAACCCCUUCAAAACAGAUGCGUACUCCUUCGGCGUCACAAUGCAAGUCACUCUGCUCGGGGAGGAUGGCGCGCGGAAGAAGACCGUGAAGCGGAAGGGGCCGAUGAUGCUCCCACUACAUCUCAGCGAGACGGAGAAUGCAGAGCUCUUGCAGCAACUGCGCGAAGCAGGGAGGCUCUGCCCCGAGGGUGAGAACCUCUUGGUUGAGAAGCUCUUGCCCUUCUCGCAGCCGCGGCGGGCGGAGCUGACGGACCCGGAGGUCAAGAAUCAUCCCUUCUUCUGCAAGUACCUGAAGUGCCAGGAUGUUGAGGACUUUCUUCUGAGCCAAGCCGGCAAAGAUACCGAUCUGAUGUCGCCCUAA